AUUGGCAAUGAUUUUGGGCUCGGGACAUCGGCCAGCAGUUAUUCUACCUCCACCUCUUCGCCUAUUAUAAGAAUCCGUCUUUUGGAGACGAAACGCAUUUGUGUGGCUGAAUGGCGAAGAGUUCAUGUGCCCCCCAAGUGUGUGAAGUGUGAAAAAAGUGCCAAAUUUUUACAAAGGGGAGAAGAUAAGACUGGUGUUGUGACGCGUCCACAACAAAAUCACCCAUGAGUGUGUAAAUAAGUUCAACUAACAAUGGAAUUACUGCACAUAACUCUAUGUGCGUUCUUAAUCCUCACACCGACCGACCAAAGGGUCGUCACAAGGACAAUCCCGAGCUUCCUUCGGGACGACGUCGAGCGAUAUCCCUCAGGACCCGAGCUUUCGGACAGGAGCGCCGCUUACACAAAUCGGGAACUGUACGGGACGCGGGCUUUGCCGCUCCGUUCGGCGGUUGAACACAUCCCGGAUUUGAUUGCGGACUCGCGCCGGCUGCCACUCAGGGACGCGGUGGAGAAACGCCCACCGCCCGACGAACCAAUCGACGAUUACGAACCGAGCUUUGAUCUGUUCUACUACCCGUCCCGACAAACUCUCUACACCCCAGUCCAGUAUUUCAAGGAUUUGGUGGCCGAGGCGUACGUUUCCCCCUUUCGCAUUGACAACGAAUCGCAGGAACUGCUAAAGUACCCCUCCUUUGCCCGGGGGCGGAGUUUGUAUGACUCCAGAGGGAGGCACUCAGAGAUAGUUGAGACGGUUUAUGACCCACGGGAGGAUGACCGUGUUGUUUGCUACGUCCAAGCGGCUGCCAGGUACCGGAAGGAGCCCUUGGCCUUCUCCCCCGAGGAUUUGGACCCCUUUGCUUGCACCCAUGUCAUUUAUGCGUUCGCGACCAUUGACCCCCACAAUUUUAACAUGAUUUCGAACGACGACGAGUCUGAUAUUAUCCAAGGGGGCUAUAUUUCCGUCACGGGACUCAAAAGAGUUAACCCGAAACUAAAAGUACUGAUCUCGGUUGGUGAGGGACGGGAUGGUUCCCACAGGUUCAGUACCAUGGUCUCCAGUGCCAACAGACGAAGGGAGUUCAUCCGGUCCGCCAUCACUUUCAUCAAGCAGUACAACUUUGACGGAAUGGACAUCCACUGGGAGUACCCAGGGGCCGAGAAAAUGGGCGGGCAACUGAGCGAUAAGGAGUACCUGAACCUCUUCCUCGAGGAGUUAUCUGAAAUUUUCAAACCCAGAGGUUGGGUACUUACAAUUGCGGUACCAGCCUCCCGGUUCCGGGUCGAAGAUGGGUUUAACCCCCAACGCUUGGGGUCCCUUGUCGAUUUUAUCAACCUCCAAGCGUUUGAUUUCCACCGGGAGCGGGAACCGGUGGCCGACCACCACGCAAAUUUGUACUCAAGGCCGGGCGAUAGUGGCCUUGACCUGUUCCUAAGUGUGGACUAUGCUGUGAAGUUCUGGACCAAGAAGGGGUUCCCCAAGUCCAAGAUCGUGCUCGGGGUACCAUUUUUCGGGCGUUCGUUCACCCUCCAGUUCACAAACGAGACGCAAGUUGGGGCCCCGAUUAAAGGUCCAGGACGGGAAGGGUUCUAUACGCAAAAUCCAGGCUUCCUGGCAUAUUUCGAAAUCUGCGAUAUGUUACUGAAUGAAGGGUGGCACAAAGGGAUGGACGAGUCAGGGUCGCCUUACAUGGUAUAUGGGGACCAAUGGGUGGGUUAUGACGAUAGCGAAAGCGUCGAAAAGAAGGUUAAUUACGUGCAAGAGAUGAACCUCGGGGGUGUGUUUAUUUGGGCUACGGAUCUGGACGAUUUUAAGGGCGUUUGCGGAAUGAAAUGGCCCUUGCUGAGUACCAUUAACCGGCAUUUGAGGGGAAACGAGUUGUUACCGAUGCAACAAAGCCAAAACCCUCCCACUAAACCAUAUGGUACUUGCCGCUCAGAAGGGAUCUUCAGUGACCCCAAGAACUGUGCAGCUUAUUACGUUUGUCGCUCAGGGUUGAGCUACCACUUGUCGUGUGCCGAGAACAUGAUGUUUGACCCAAUGUCCGGGAAAUGUGAGUACAGCCUGGGGGAGAAGUGUAGGCCGGGUCAGAUCAUCCAAGUCGCUAACUCUCUAAGACAAUAUGAGGACCUCCUGGAGUAUGAAGCUAAAGAGGAAGGACCAAAAGUGGUGUGCUACAUGACCAACUGGGCCUUCUACCGAAAAGCCGAAGGCAAAUUCGUCCCGGAACACAUCGACCAAAGGCUUUGCACACACGUGGUGUACGCCUUCGCGAGUCUCGACCCCGAAAAACUCCUCCUGAAGGAGUUCGAUCCUUGGGCCGACUUGGACAACAAUUUGUACGAAAGAGUCACCUCUUUGAAGGACACCAAGGCGAUUUUAUCUCUUGGAGGCUGGACUGACUCAGCUGGAGACAAGUACUCACGUCUUGUGGGCGAUGGUUCCGCCAGACGCCGGUUUGUUGUGGCAGUUGUGGGGUUUUUGCGACGACACAAUUUCAAAGGUUUGCAUUUGGAUUGGAACUACCCCGUUUGUUGGCAAAGCAAUUGCAAAAAAGGGGCGUCCUCCGAUAAACCCAACUUCACCAAAUUGAUUCAGGAGUUGCGGCGCGAGUUCGACAAACAGAAACCUCCCCUGAUCCUGGCUGCGGCCAUUUCGGGGUAUAAGGAGGUGAUAGACGUGGCGUACGACCUACCAGCGCUUGGUACCGUCCUUGAUUUCAUGUCAGUGAUGACUUAUGACUACCAUGGGGCUUGGGAACGCCAAACGGGGCACGUGAGUCCGCUGUUUCACCGGCCUGGGGAUAAGUACCCCCAGUACAACACUAACUUCACCAUGGAGUAUUUGGUGUCUCGUGGUGCUCCCCGUGGGAAACUGCUAGUCGGAGUACCAUUCUAUGGUCAAAGUUUUACCCUAACCAAGGGCAACAACCACGACCAGGGAGUCCCAAGUGCCGGUCCCGGCGAAGCCGGUGAAUACACCAAACAGCCAGGAAUGUUGGCCUAUUACGAAAUUUGUAACCGGAUCCGGAACCAACGCUGGAUCGUCAAUCGGGACACUUCGGGUGCCACCGGCCCAUUUGCCUACCAUGGGGACCAAUGGGUCGGUUUCGAGGACAUCAAGUCGGUCCGAGACAAGGCCGAAUACAUCAAAACCAAAGGUUUUGGCGGCGCCGUGGCCUGGACUAUCGACUUGGACGACUUCUCCAACCGUUGUUGCGGUGGUUCCUUCCCUUUACUUCGAAGUUUGAACCGUGGCUUGGGAUUAAUCCCCGAUAAUCCCUCACGAGAGGACUGCACCAAACCACCGGAACCCGUAACUCCAGCUCCUCCACAAGUCACAACUGGGGUUGAUACGGGAGCUUCAAGUACCGAACACAUGCAUCCAGACUGGACGACCAAACCCAGCACCUGGUGGUCGAGUACUACGACAAGUCCGUGGUGGACCACUACCACAACGAGGAGGACCACUACGACUCGACCUACCACGACUAGUACCACGACAAGGCCAACUACGACCAAUUGGCCGACCCAAGGAACCACAAUCCCGCCCCCGGCUGUUGUAAUGCCAGAAGUGGAUAAACCAUCACAACCAUGCGAACCUGGGCAAUACGUACCAGACCCACACAAUUGUAACGCUUAUUACAGGUGUGUCCUUGGGGAGUUGCGCAAGCAGUACUGCGCUGGUGGGCUUCAUUGGAACAAGGAACGCAAAAUUUGUGAUUGGCCAAAAUCGGCCAAAUGCGAGGAGAAAAAACCUGGUCAUAAACCUAGCACUUCGUCGUGGCAAAAACCAACAAAACCAUCGUACCGCCCCCCAAGUACCACCAACCAUUGGCAAACCAAAACCACGACUAGUACCACGACCAGACCCACAACAACAGUAUCACAACUAAUUGAUGAUAAAUGUGAUUCGGGCCAGUACUACCCUCACGAGUCAUGCUCAAGCUUUUAUGUUUGUGUUAAUGGGCACUUGGUACCGCAGAAUUGUGCCCCAGGGCUUCACUAUAAUCCGGAAGAACACAUGUGUGACUGGAAGUACAAAGUCAAGUGUGUUGGGCGCAAACAAUUGGCCCAGAAGUACCAACUCCCCAAAAUGGGGGGACCACAACCCUACUCCGCCUGCAGCGAAAAUGCCUUUGCCGCAUACCCCGGGGAUUGUACCCGAUAUUUGCACUGUCUUUGGGGCAAAUAUGAAGUGUUUAACUGUGCCCCUGGCUUACACUGGGAUAAUAAUAAAAAUAUUUGUGAUUGGCCUGAGAAAGCAACCUGUGAUGGUACCAGCAACGUCAAUGUUGUUGAUAUCGUGACAACAGCCAAACCCGCACAAAGUACGACAAGUGUGUCAACUACUACAAGUUGGAAUCCGGGCAGUACCACCAAUUACCCGGAAUGGCAACCCACGGAGUGGCACCCUCCCAUCCCCCCCACGUCCGAAAAACCGCCCCUUCCCGAAGAAUUAAAACCACAAUCCGGGUACUUUAAGAUAGUUUGUUAUUUCACAAACUGGGCGUGGUACCGCAAAGGUUUAGGAAAGUACCUCCCGGAGGAUAUCGACCCAGACCUCUGCACCCACAUCGUUUACGGUUUCGCCGUCUUGGACUUUGAAAAUUUGAUAGUGAAAGCGCACGACUCGUGGGCCGACUUUGAUAACCAAUUCUACAAACGCGUCACUGGAUACAAAGCCAAGGGAAUCAAAGUUUCCCUUGCCCUAGGCGGCUGGAACGACUCGCAAGGCGAUAAGUACUCCCGCCUGGUCAAUAAUCCCGCCGCACGUGCCAGGUUUAUCAAACACGUGUUGCAAUUUUUGGAAAAAUGGAACUUUGACGGGCUUGAUUUGGACUGGGAGUACCCGAAAUGCUGGCAAGUGGAUUGCAAGAAAGGCCCAGAUUCGGACAAACAAGCCUUUGCUGCGUGGGUCACCGAACUGAAGCAGGCCUUCAAACCGAAGGGAUAUCUCCUCUCAGCUGCGGUUUCCCCAAGUAAGACUGUGAUAGAUGCAGGGUAUGAUGUUCCAGUACUUGCGCAAAACCUGGACUGGGUGGCUGUGAUGACGUACGACUUCCAUGGGCAGUGGGACAAGCAGACGGGUCACGUGGCCCCGCUGUACUACCAUCCCGAGGAUGAGGUUGUCUUCUACAACGCGAACUUCUCCAUUAAUUACUGGAUCUCGGAAGGAGUACCGCGGAGGAAAAUCGUGAUGGGCAUGCCCCUCUACGGCCAGUCCUUCCGCUUGGAGAAGCCCGAAAACCACGGUUUGAACGCCAAAGCCCCAGGUCCAGGCCAAGCCGGGGAAUACACCCGAGCUGCCGGUUUCCUGGCUUAUUACGAAAUCUGCCACAAUAUCAAAACACAAGGCUGGACUGUGGUACAAGACCCCAAUCGACGCAUGGGUCCCUACGCGUACAAAGGGGACCAAUGGGUGUCGUUCGACGAUAGGGAGAUGAUCAAGCGCAAAUCGGAGUUUAUCAGGAAGAUGGAUUUAGGUGGUGGGAUGAUCUGGGCCCUUGACUUGGACGAUUUUAAGAACCGGUGUGGUGAAGGCCGACAUCCCCUUCUGACCACCAUUAGGAACGUCCUUGCGGAUGCUGGAACCGGGCAACAGGAGACAAUUCCGCCCAUUGAUGAGGAACCACCAAGUGUUGAAGCCGUGGAAGAGGAACGUGAAGAAGCACCUCCAAGUGUGCACUCUUCAACGGUGGUACCACCACCGCAACAUUCCACAACGCAAAGUCUAGUCGAUCCAAAAUCCGAGUUCAAGGUGGUUUGUUAUUUCACGAAUUGGGCGUGGUACCGGCAAGGUGUCGGGAAGUACCUCCCUUCCGAUAUAGACCCAGACUUGUGUACCCACAUCGUUUAUGGAUUUGCGGUACUCAACGGCGAUCAAUUGAUCAUCAAACCGCACGACACUUGGGCCGAUUUCGACAAUAAGUUCUACGAAAAGGUCACAGCCUACAAAUCGAAGGGAAUCAAGGUACUUGUCGCAAUCGGAGGCUGGAACGACUCGGCAGGUGACAAGUACUCGCGUCUGGUGAACAACCCAUCGGCCCGCAGACGUUUCAUAGCCCACGUUGUCGAUUUCAUCGAAACCAACAACUUUGACGGUUUGGACCUAGACUGGGAGUACCCCAAGUGUUGGCAAGUCGAUUGUAACAAAGGCCCGGCGUCUGACAAGUCAGCGUUUGCCGACUUUGUCAAAGAAUUGCACGAAGCCUUCAAACCCAAAGGGUGGCUCCUAUCAGCUGCAGUUUCGCCAAGUCGGCGCGUGGUAGAUGCAGGGUACGAUGUACCAACCUUGUCCAAGUACCUGGACUGGAUUGCCGUCAUGUGCUACGAUUACCAUGGGCAAUGGGACAAGAUUACGGGGCACGUGGCGCCCAUGUACGCCCAUCCCGAGGACGCGGACGCCACUUUCAAUACUAAUUUCACUAUUCACUACUGGAUUGAGAAAGGCGCUGAUCGGAGGAAACUCGUGAUGGGCAUGCCCAUGUAUGGACAGUCGUUUUCAUUGGCUGACAACAACCAAAAUGGGCUCAAUGCAGCCACCUAUGGGGGCGGAGAGGCCGGGGAGGAAACACGAGCUCGUGGUUUCCUAGCCUAUUAUGAAAUUUGUACGAACGUUAUUAAGAAAGGGUGGAAGGUGGUACGUGACCGCCGGGGACGUAUUGGUCCCUACGCCUACCUACGUGACCAAUGGGUCUCCUUCGACGAUAUAGGCAUGAUAAGACACAAGUCUGAGUUUAUCAAGGCCAUGGGUCUUGGUGGCGGUAUGAUCUGGGCGUUGGAUUUGGACGAUUUUAAAAACCUUUGUGGGUGUGAGGAGUACCCACUACUUCGCACCAUCAACCGGGUGUUACGAGGGUACGCUAAACCUGACCCUAAGUGUAUCCUAGGCCGUGAUAACGACAAAACUAAACCUAAACCUACAACAAUGAAACCAACCACAACCAUUGGUUAUGAACCACAAGAACCGGUACUUCCGGCCGAAGUGGUACCGUGUCAAGGCCGGCUUUUCGUAGCCGAUGAUACCAACUGUGCCCAGUACUAUUUGUGUAACCAGGGCCAGCUCCAAUUGCAAGUGUGCCCCAAUGGUUUGUUCUGGAAUAAGGACCAUUGUGACUGGCCUGAGAACACGGAGUGUCACCCGGACGCGAGCAGUACCAUGGCACCAUCAACCACACCGAUGGUACCGGACAAGCCGGUCACAACCACCACGUCCAGACCCAUUGGUACUGACACCAGCGACGAUUAUAAGGUCGUUUGUUACUUUACCAACUGGGCGUGGUACCGCCAAGGCGAUGGGAAGUACCUCCCGUCUGACAUAGACCCCUCACUUUGUACUCACAUUAAUUACGGUUUUGCGGUCCUGGACUCGUCGAGUAUGACCUUAAAACCGCACGAUUCUUGGGCCGAUAUCGACAACGAGUUUUACAAAAAAGUCGUUUCGUACAAAUCGCGCGGUGUUAAGGUCUUGAUAGCCUUAGGCGGUUGGAACGACUCAGCCGGUAACAAAUACUCGCGCCUAGUCAACGACCCACAAGCCCGUGCGGCCUUCAUAGCCCACGUUCUGGCCUUUAUCGAAGAGUGGAACUUCGAUGGCCUUGAUUUAGACUGGGAGUACCCCAAAUGUUGGCAAGUGGACUGCAACAAAGGCCCAGACUCGGACAAAGAAGCCUUCGCGGCCUUUGUCCGCGAACUGAGCGCGGCCUUCAAGCCCAAAAACCUCCUACUAUCAGCUGCGGUUUCGCCCAGCAAGGCAGUGAUAGACGCUGGGUACGACGUGCCAGCCUUAUCCCAGUACUUGGACUGGAUCGCCGUCAUGACCUACGAUUUCCACGGCCACUGGGACAAACAAACCGGACAUGUGGCACCCUUGUAUUACUACCCUGGCGAUGUUUACGAUUAUUUCAACGCCAACUUUUCGCUAAACUACUGGAUCGAGAAAGGGGCGGACCCAGGAAAAAUCGUGAUGGGCAUGCCCCUCUACGGCCAAAGUUUCAGUCUGGCUGACGCGGCCGAUAGGGGCCUUAACGCCAAGUCGUACGGCCCUGGAGAAGCCGGGGAGUUUACCCGAGCUGGUGGUUUCCUAGCCUACUAUGAGAUUUGUGAACGGGUGAAGAAGAGGGGUUGGACGGUGACGAGGGACCCUCAAGGUCGCAUUGGUCCAUAUGCCUAUUUGUCGAACCAAUGGGUGUCGUACGAUGAUAUCGCCGAAAUCCGGCGCAAGUCGCGAUUGGUCAAGGCGUUGAAACUGGGCGGGGGCAUGGUCUGGGCUUUGGAUUUGGACGAUUUUAAGAACAGGUGUGGGUGUGGCAAACACCCGCUCUUGAAGACUUUAAACAAUGAGUUGAGAGGGACGCCCUCUGAUAUCAGCGUGACUAAUUGUACUUAAGUGUGAUUGAUGCUUAUAUGAAAUAUUUCUCUUCUUUGAGUCGUCACGACGGCGAAAAGGAUACGAUAAUAUUUUUUCGGUUUCCUAUGUAUUUUUAAGGUUGUGUAAGAAUAAAACACGUUUUAAAACA